UGGUUGUUUACUUUUAGGUAACCAAAUAUACAUUGACAUUCAUAUGAAUUCUAGUAAACUAUAGUUUACGCUUUGCCGAAAACAAAGAUAAACUACGUGACUGUAUUAAGAAACGUGUUAAACUUAAAAGGGAAUCAGCGAGUAUCGAAGUAAAUACAAGAGUCGAACAACACGACCAAGAACCGAUUCUCCACAUCGCAGGAUGCGACUGGCAGGACUGUCCUCUGACCAGUCAAGAAUUACUCGGGAACCCCAAUUCAUAUCCAAAAGGAAAUUUUAUCCACCUCAGGUAUCCAGUUCUUUCCACUGGGAAGGGCAUGUUUCAUCUCCACAGCGUCAGGAGAAGAGCAGGCCUGUCACACCUCCUGCUGUCACACCUGUGCUCAGAGCCUCUAGUGCAGAAAGAGAAAAGACCCCUCUAGCCCCUAGAGACCCCGUGCCACCAGAGGGCACCACUGCACCAUCCCACCAAUUAAAAGCAGAGGCUCAAGCAGCUCAGACAUCCACCAGUGCUGCAGACCAGCUGAGACUAAAUGGAAUUAACCAUGCACUGCGGAAAAAAGCAGGACUGAGGUCUGAGCAACAGAGAAAUGGCCGUUUGAGCUCAGAGUACCAGCGACAGUUCAUGUGGAAAACGCCUGUGGCCGAUUCGCCCCUGCUUGCUGCACACGAGAUGUUGUACAGUAACAACAGAGCCAUCCCACCCUUCAAAUCAAACCCUGUAAUUAUCGAGAGCGAGUACAAGAGAAAUUUCAAAGGAUCACCUCCUCCCAGACCACCACGCUUGAGGCGAGAUGUUGAACAAUAUGAGAUCCCUCUGCUUCAUACAGAGAACACAACCCCAGAGAAGAGUAAGAGGAAGAAGAAGAAGGAGCGACAACACAGCAGGAAGUCAAGCCCCGAAGAGGAAGUCACCUAUCUACAGAAACAGGAAAUGAGGUCACCUUGUGCCCUGAGAGACCCUUCACCCAAGGCUAUGAGGAAGGUGAAAACUGAGUACAGAUCCAACUUCCGUUCUCCCAUCCAAUACAGCUACAGAGAUAAAGCGUGGGUGAAGGUCAGACCUGCAAAGGAGGAGGAGUGUGAUGGUUUUCACGAGUGGUAUCAUGAGGUGCGGGAGCUACGUGAGAAGGCAGAGGCCUACAGGAAACGGGCAUGGGGAACUCAUUUUUCUCGGCAACACUUGAAUCAGAUCCUGUCAGAUCACAACUGGAUGUGGGAGCCUUCAAAUGGCACCUCCUCAUCCUCCAUUGAAUCUGAGACCUGCAGAAGCACCAGUAGCAGCCCUAUCAUUGAGGCUCUGGACCUGGCCAGGGCUGGCAGUACCAGGGCAAGCUCUAGCCCUGGACCUUCUGCUUCUGUGACAGCCAGCAGGAGAAGCUCUCUUGGAGAGGACCCAACCCUUCCUGUGCAGAGGAAGUUGGCCUGGGAUGAAGAAGAGGGACAUGGAGAGAGAAAUGAGUCUGAGAUUUCACAGGAAGAGUUCACAGUUGAAAAAAAUCAGUGGAAUCCAAAAGAUGAUCGUGGAAACAUUAAGGAGAGAAAUGACAGGUUGCAGCUAUUGGAAACUGAGUCAUCAUUGGUGGUGGAGGGGUCUGGAGAUGCGGGCAGAUUACCAACCCCCAAACUGAAGACCAUGCAGACUGUACAAAGAACGCAUCACGAUCGGACAACUCCAGCCACUGGAGGAGCUUUGCUGGUCUCUCCUCCGAAGAUCAAACAUUCCUCCAGGAAAGUUAGGAGGAGUGAGCCACCUUUAGGAAAACCUCACUCUCCUUAUAAACAUAUCAUAGAUGGCUCUCCACAGCAGCCACGCAGUAAGGCUGAGAAUGGAAGCUUGCCACGUUCCCCACCGGCUGCUGGCCUGACCACCGUAGAUCUACUUCCCAUGCGUGAAGAUGCUUGGCCUGAGGAUAAGGAAGCGAAAGCGGCAGACUACACCCCCCAUCCAAGACAACCCAAGCCAACACAAAAACAACUGACCAGCCACUGUCACAAAGCUGCUGUCUCUCCACUUCCCAACAGAAUUCAGGGCAUGAUGAGAAACCCGGAGUUUCAGCAUAAUGGUAACCUGGGAAUUUUUCGGCCAGAGCUGUCUCUGUUUCCUGAAUCUGAUUCUGCUGUGUCAGAGAAUGAUGAUAAGAUGUCCCAGAUCUCAUCUAGAUCAGCAGCCUCAUGCUCCGUGGCCUCUGAGCUCUUGGGCCGCGCUCAGAGAAGGAAGGAGGAAUUCUGGGGAAAGCGCUAAUGUGUCAAAGCCCAUUCAUCAGCUGUGCAUUAACUGAAAAAUAGCCAUUUACUCCUCAGGAUGUAAACAGGAAAUUUCUUUCUCCCAGUUUUAAAAAUCUGAUUUGUUUUUGUGAUAGUCUGGUAUUUAAAAAUGAAGAAAAGAGAUUUGUUAUAUUUAUUUUAUUUACUUACAAUUUUAAUAUGACUAGACUAGUUCAGUACAAAUGAUUUUGCUAAUUAAA